AUAAUGCUGAACAGUGUAACAAAACAUAUUUUACACUGUUGUCUAUUAUUUAUUAUCAUAAUUACUUUUGAAUUGAUUUCUGGUGGACUUAGUUUGAACAAUGAUAAAAAGGACCUAUUAGAUCCUUGGGUUGAAUAUGGAUUCGUUGGUGCUUUUGUUUUGUACCUGCUGCGGACUCUUACAUUUCUUUCCUUUCCUCAGGUGUUAUUUAAUUUUGUUGGGUUGACAAUUUAUAAUGCAUUUCCAGACAAAGUUGUGUUAAACGGUUCCCCAUUGCUUGCACCAUUCAUAUGUAUUAGAAUAGUGACACGUGGCGAUUAUCCACUACUAGUAAAAGCAAAUGUGAAAAGAAAUUUAAACAAAUGCAUAGAAACAGGUUUAGAAAACUUUCAAAUUGAAAUAGUGAGUGAUAAACCAAUUGGAUUACCUCCUCAUCGAAGAGUUAGAGAAGUGGUAGUUCCACUGAAUUAUCGCACAAGUAGUGGUGCAUUAUUCAAAGCACGUGCUUUACAGUAUUGUUUGGAAAAUUCAGUAAAUGAAUUGGCAGAUAAUGAUUGGAUUGUGCAUCUUGAUGAAGAAACAUUGUUAACUGAAAAUUCUGUUCGGGGAAUACUGAAUUUUGUGUUGGAUGGAAAACAUCAAUUCGGUCAAGGUCUGAUUACAUAUGCAAAUGAAGAUGUUGUCAAUUGGAUUACUACUUUAGCAGAUAGUUUUAGAGUAGCAGAUGACAUGGGAAAAUUAAGGUUACAGUUUACAAUGUUUCAUAAACCAUACUUUAGUAUGAAAGGUUCUUAUGUUGUUACUCAGAUGGGUGCAGAACGACAAGUUUCAUUCAAUAAUGGAUUAGAUGGAUCUGUUGCAGAAGAUUGCUUUUUUGCAAUGAAAGCAUUUACCCAAGGUUACACAUUUAAUUUUGUGGAUGGUGAAAUGUGGGAGAAGUCACCAUUUACAUUAUGGGACUUUGUACAACAAAGAAAAAGGUGGCUACAAGGUAUAUUGCUUGUCGUACAUUCCAAAGCUAUUCCAUUGCAUAAAAAAUUGCUUCUGAGCAUAUCUUGUUAUUCAUGGGUAACACUGCCUUUGUCUACUUCAAAUGUUGUAUUAGCUGGAAUUUAUCCUAUUAUUUGUCCACCACUUAUAGAUUUUUUAUGCGCAUUUAUUGGUGCAGUAAAUAUUUAUAUGUAUGUUUUUGGUGUAGUUAAGUCAUUUUCUUUGUACAGAUUUGGUAUUGCUCGAUUUAUAUUAUGUAUAUGUGGGGCAUUAUCAACAAUUCCUUUCAAUUUGAUUAUUGAGAAUAUUGCUGUCAUAUGGGGUUUAUUUGGGAAGAAACAUAAAUUCUAUGUUGUCAACAAAGAGUACUCUGCUGUGUCACUGGUAAGAAGUACCGCGGAAGAAAUAUAGGUCCCAUUGGUCACAGUGGAAGGGGCACGCCUCAUCUCACACGCAUUUUCGGUUCUAGCGCGACUAUUGUCCGAAGUGGUCACACACGCGCGCGCGCGCGCACACACACACACGCACACACACACACAAUCGAAGCAUAUAGCAUCGCGUAUCGGUGAGCGAGGGAACGAAGUACUCUCCUAAGGAGAGUCUCCUUGCCCCUGUGCCAUU